GCCGUGAAGACGCUCGGCGCUCAGCAGCGCUGCGCUCCGCCGAGGCCAGAUCACUAUUUCGCAGCCGUUUCCCUAUGACUGCUUGCAGUCCCCUUUCGUGACUGAGAGAGUGAGAAAGAAAGAGGGAAAAUCAAGCGCUGGGUAUUCUGGGGAAAGGGGAUCUCAUCGGCAUUCUCCCGUUUUUUUGCCCCCAACCCCACCGCCUUGUCCUGGAGGCUGAUCGCGCGGCGUAAUGGAGGCGGAAAGGUCCGGAGGAACGGGCGGCACGAAUGCAAAUCCGGGAGGGAGCGGCGCAGGGCGCAAUCCGAACGGGCCGAAACCUGUGCCAGGGCCGGGGACUGCAGCAGCAGCGGCGGCGGCGGCGGUGACGACGGCAACGGCGGCGGUAGCGGGGGCGAUGGCCGGCACCUCUCAGCCCCGGGACCCGCAGGAGGGCCUCUCCUUGCCUGGCAUUUUGCAUUUCAUCCAGUUCGAAUGGGGACGUUUCCAAGCAGAAAAAUACCGCUGGGAAGCCGAGAGAGACGAACUCCGGGCGCAGGUGGCCUUCCUGCAGGGGGAGAGGAAAGGCCAGGAGAACAUGAAGCAGGACUUGGUGAGGAGGAUCAAGAUGCUGGAGUACGCGCUCAAACAGGAGAGGGCUAAACACCAGAAGCUCAAGGCAGGAACCGAGCAGAGCUCCGGCGAGAAGAAAGUGGAAGCGGAAGCCGAACAAGUUCCCAAUGGCCCAGGCGAGCCUGAUGCUGAACCGGCCAAUCAGAUGUCCUGGAAGGAGGGACGUCAACUGCUGCGCAAGUACCUGGAGGAGGUCGGCUACUCCGACACCAUCCUGGACAUGCGUUCCAAGCGGGUGCGCUCUCUGCUGGACCGCGGCAGCCCUGAGGUGAACGGCCCCCCGCCAGCGGAGCCCCCACCAGAGCCUCACGGCGCGGAGUCUCGGCUCGUCCGCCAGAUCGAGGAGCAGAUCAAAAGGAAUGCUGGGAAGGAGAGUUCGAAGGAGCGUCUGGGUGCCUCGGUGCUGGACAAGCUGCCGUUCCUCCGCUGCGAGGACGACGAUGACGAGGACGACAGCGAUGAGGAUGACGACUUUCAGGGCGUGGCCACCGACUGCAUCGACGGGCCGCGUAAGAGCAGGAAGGCCCGAGUCAAGCUGGGGGCGGAGCCCAUCACGGCAGACCUUGACCCAGAGGAUGAAGAGGAUGAAGAUGACUCAGAGGACGCCCUGGGAGAGUUUGACUUCCUGGGGUCGGGCGAGGAGGGUGAGGGAGCCGGAGAGGCGCGCAUAUCUGGAGACGGCAGGGAGUUAGAGAACCGCAGGAACAAGCUUCAGGGCAUCAUUUCAGAUUUCCCACCCAAACCUUCUCCACCCCCCUCAGUCCCAGGACAGUCUCGUGCAACUGAAGGGGGCGCUUUGGGCUUCUCCUCGGAUGUCUUCAUCCUGGAUGCAGUCGCGGGUGGAGAUAUGAACCUGGGUGAACUCGCCGACCUCACCGUCGCCAAUGACAAUGACCUCACCAUCGACCUGCAGGACAGCCGCGAGGAGUUCAAGAAGACGUGGAACCCGCGCUUCACGCUGCGCAGCCACUUCGACGCCAUCCGCGCCUUGACCUUCCACCCCAGCCAGGCCGUCCUGCUGUCGGCUUCCGAGGACGGAACACUGAAGCUGUGGAACCUCAACAAGGCCAUGCAUUCCAAAAAAAAUGCAGCACUGGAUGUUGAACCCAUCUACACCUUCAGAGCCCACAGUGGGGCGGUGCUGUCUCUGGCCAUGGGACAGAAUGGCGAGUCGUGUUACAGUGGGGGCCUGGAUGGCACCGUACGCUGCUGGAAGAUCCCUGACCUCAAUGUCGACCCGUACGACAACUACGAUCCCGGGAUAGAGUGUAGCGUGCUGGCAGGACACGAGGACGCCGUGUGGGGACUGACGUUCUCCAGUGUGCUCCAGCGUUUGGCUUCCUGCUCUGCUGAUGGAACAGUGCGCAUUUGGGACCCCCAGAACUCUAACCCCUGCCUGUCUGUGUUCAACAAGGCAAAAGAGCAUGGGACUCCGACCUCUGUGGCCUUCGUGAACUCCGACCCCUCCCAGGUGGUGGUGUCUUUCGACCGCGGUGAGACGCUGCUGUAUGACCUCAACACAGAGCAGAGCAUCAUGGUCCUGGAGACACACACCAAGGAGGGGAGCGAGCUGAUCAACUGUGUCGCUAGCCACCCCGCGCAGGCGAUCUCCAUCACCGCCCACGAGAACCGCACCAUCCGCUUCCUGGACAACAAGAGUGGCAAAGUUCUACACUCCAUGGUAGCUCACCUGGAUGCAGUCACCUGUCUGACCACAGACCCCAAAGGCACUUAUCUCAUCUCUGGCAGCCACGACUGCUCGGUGCGAUUGUGGACGCUGGACAACCGGACGUGCGUGCAGGAGAUAACGGCUCACAGGAAGAAGCACGACGAGGCGAUCCACGACGUGGCCUUCCACCCCUGCCAGCCUUUCAUCGCCAGUGCCGGUGCUGACGCCCUCGCCAAGAUCUUCGUCUGAAAGCCUCAGUUGGGGGUCCGGGGUCCUGAGGACCCGGCGGCUCGUCCCAGACACUGCCGGACUUAAAAACACGGAAAAAUGAUUCCUCACUUGCACGGACACUUGCGCGUGCAUAAUCAGAGAUGUGGGCAUAUGCGUGAACACACGCACACACACACACACACACACACACACGCCAAACACUCGUCUGGCAGGUCGGCAAAGUGCCACUUGCAUUCGGGGAUUUUUACUGAGACGGUUUUGCUUUUAUAAUCACAUAGUGUUGCUGCUCUUACUAUCGGUAAACUGUUCACUAAAAGACCUGUAACUUUUUUUUUUUUUCUCCCAGUUUUAUUAACCUUAAGCGGUAAAUGUCCUACCUGCUGAUAUUUAAACUACAAAAAUCUUCACCUUGGAGCUGGACAAGGUGGGGAAAAUGAAGUAGAAUUUAUGAUGGACAUAUUUCGAAUUGUAAUUGUUUGUUUAUACCACAUGUAAACCAUGAAAACAUCUAAACCAGUAGGGUGAGUUGAUAAGUAUGCUCUGUGUAUAGUACAAAUGUUCUUUUAAACAAAUACCAAUGACGGCUUAAGGCGUUUGCUGGAUUAACAGACGAAUAGCACAUUUCCAGAAUACUAACUUCUUUGCCCACAUCGGCAAACCGGAAGCCUUCACGGCUGCCUCUGUCAAAGAUAAACAUGAAUGUGUUUUUUUUGCCAAAUAUCAUAGUCCCUUAUUUUGCUGAAUAUAUUUGUAAGAUAUAAA